UCCAAUUUCUCACUCCAACAUACAAGUUUCUUCUUUGUUUUAAGUUUUAACCCCUUUCUGGGAACUUCUAAUACUAUACUAGAAACAAGAAAUGGGUCAGGGAAGAGGCAGUGCAAGGCCAACUAUGGUGGUUGGAGUAGCAAUACUCUGCCUGUUGGCUCUCACUCACUCUACUUUUGCUGCUAUUUACACUGUUGGAGCUGGCGGUGGCUGGACUUACAAUGUCCAAAGUUGGCCUAGAGGCAAGUCCUUUAAAGCUGGUGAUAUUCUUGCAUUCAACUAUGCGAGGGGAUCACACAAUGUGGCGGGAGUAAGCAGGAGAGGGUUUAACAGCUGCAUUGCACCAAGAGGGGCAAGAGUUUACCAAAGUGGAAGGGACAGAAUCAGGUUGAGGAGGGGAGUAAACUACUUCAUCUGCACAUUCCCCGGUCAUUGCAAGGGUGGAAUGAGGAUUGCAAUCAAUGCUUCUUAAUUGCAUCCAAAAUUAAUUACUAAGAUACUUCCAAUCGUCAAUUGGCAGCGCAUUAUACUAAGUGCUAAUUAAUGCUUAUGGGAGUUAAUUUAUUAGAUAGAAUAUGUGCGUGUAUCCUUUGUGUUUCAUCAGUUAAUUCAAAGGAAAAUAAAUAAGUUGAAGGGAAGAAGUAGGAGGAUGAGGAGGAAGGUAGUGCUUCUUUUUUUGCCUCCAUAUGAGACCUUCCCAACGGCAGGUGCUCAGCUAUGUUAUCAAGAGUUGACUUUUGUUAUGAAAUUUAAGCCUUCAUAGAAUUAUAGGUGUACUAGACCAUGGGAUGUACUACUUUUAUUAUAUUCUGUGUGAAGUUUUUGUGUAAGCUUCUUUUCCCAUUUUCUACAAGUUCUUAUGAACUUUUGGUCCUUAAGUUGAAUUUUAUAGAUUAAUAUCUGUUCUGUGUUAA